AACCCACUUGUCCCAUUAUCAUCAACAAUUCCUACUACUUCACUGGCUUCUUCUUUGGUGAAUCCCGUAAAGACCACCCCAACAGUGUCCCUCAAGUCCCAUUUUUUAUGCAAAAAUGUGAACUUUAUUGAAACUAGAAGGAAAACAAAAACCCUUUUGAGCCAUGGUGGCUAUUCAAUGAAGAUGUCAUGGAAUGGUCCUCUCUGUUCUAUUAAAUUAAUCAUUCAAGGCAAAAACUUGGCGUUGACUGAUACUGUAAAAGAGCAUGUGGAGGACAAAGUAGGAAAGGCAGUUCAAAAAUUUAGUCAUCUUGUAAGGGAAGUUGAUGCAAGGUUGUCAGUUAGAGGUGGAGAGUUGGGGAAAGGUCCAAGGAUUAGAAAAUGUGAGGUUACUUUGUUUACUAAGAGGCAUGGAGUGGUGAGGGCAGAGGAAGAUUCUGAGACAAUCUAUGCAACUAUUGAUUUGGUGUUGUCAAUUAUUCAAAGUAAGUUGAGGAAGAUGAAGGAGGAGUCUGAUCAUGGUAGACACAUGAAAGGGCUUAAUAGGUUGAAGAUUAGGGAUGAUGCAGAUGCAGUUUCACGGAAAGAAGAUGAUGACUAUCUUGAUGAGCUAGAUACUUAUGGACUGUUGCACAAGGAAAAUGUAUUACCAUCUUCAUCUUUCCAAAUCAUGGCUUGGCGCUCAAAAUUCUUCUUUACAUCUGGUGUCAAUGCUGUUCACACAAAGUACUUUGACUGGGAGGAACUAGUUUCUGAAAAAGUGUUAGCACGAUCUGAACCAAGUGAUGAUGAAGAUGAGCAUCAUAUUGAUAGAGUUGUGGUUGAUGGGGAAGAUGAGGAUGAUGACAAACAUGUCCUUAAGAGUUGA